AACAGAAAAACCUUCAGCCAUUGCGCGCGCGCCUCCCAGGGGUGCAGCCCUUCACUUUGCUUUUUGCAUAGACGCACGGGCAAUUAAAUACAAAAAGGGCCAAGCCUCAGAAGCUUUCCUUCCCCCACCCCCCCUCCCUCCUGCCCUUGGUGUGUAGCACGGCCAGGUGUGGGGUAGAGUGGUUGCACUGCCUUUUGCACCAGUGGCGGCGAGGAGGGGGGUGGGUUUUCUUACUUUUUUUCUCUUUGUAAAAGAGAUUGGCAUCGGUUUUUCUUUUCGCUACUCCCUCGCCGCCUCUUCACUUCCCAGCCCCCCUUUCCCCCCUCCCCACUUAUCGUCAUGACGGCGUCUCCUGAUUACUUGGUGGUGCUUUUUGGGAUCACUGCCGGGGCCACGGGAGCCAAACUGGGUUCGGAUGAGAAGGAGCUGAUCCUGCUACUGUGGAAAGUGGUGGAUCUGGCCAACAAGAAGGUGGGACAGUUGCAUGAAGUACUAGUUAAACCGGACCACUUGGAAUUGACGGAGGACUGCAAAGAAGAAACCAAGAUCGACGCCGAAAACCUGUCCUCAGCCCCGCAGCUGGAGCAAGCCCUCAGACAGUUCAAUCAGUCUGUGAGCAACGAACUGAAUAUCGGGGUGGGGACUUCCUUCUGUCUCUGUACUGAUGGCCAGCUUCAUGUCCGGCAAAUCUUGCACCCUGAAGCUUCCAAAAAGAAUGUAUUAUUGCCUGAAUGCUUCUACUCCUUUUUUGAUCUCCGGAAAGAAUUCAAGAAGUGUUGUCCUGGUUCACCUGAUAUUGACAAAUUGGAUGUUGCAGCAAUGACAGAUUGUUUGCAUCUUGACAAAAGUGUUCCAACCUCCAGAUAUGGAGCCUCUGAAGUGGAAGAUAUGGGGAAUGUUAUUCUAACAAUGAUUUCAGAACCAUACAAUCACAGGUUUUCAGAUCCAGAGAGAGUGAAUUACAAAUUUGAAAGUGGAACUUGCAGCAAGAUGGAACUGGUUGAUGAUAACACUAUAGUCAGGGCAAGAGGCUUACCAUGGCAGUCCUCGGACCAAGAUAUUGCAAGAUUCUUCAAAGGCCUUAACAUUGCCAAAGGAGGUGCUGCACUUUGUUUGAAUGCCCAGGGUCGGAGAAAUGGAGAAGCACUGGUCAGGUUUGUCAGUGAAGAGCACAGAGACCUUGCACUGCAGAGGCACAAACACCACAUGGGAAAUAGGUACAUUGAGGUUUACAAAGCAACGGGUGAAGAUUUCCUUAAAAUUGCAGGUGGUACUUCCAAUGAAGUAGCCCAGUUUCUGUCCAAAGAAAAUCAGGUCAUUGUCAGAAUGAGAGGACUCCCUUUCACUGCCACAGCAGAAGAAGUAUUGGCUUUCUUUGGACAGCAUUGCCCUAUCACAGGGGGGAAGGAAGGCAUCCUUUUUGUCACAUAUCCUGAUGGGAGGCCAACCGGGGAUGCUUUUGUCCUAUUUGCUUGUGAGGAAUAUGCACAGAAUGCGCUGAGGAAGCACAAAGAUUUGCUGGGUAAAAGAUACAUUGAACUCUUUAGGAGCACUGCAGCUGAGGUUCAGCAGGUGCUGAAUCGGUUUUCCUCUACACCUCUCAUUCCACUCCCAACUCCCCCUAUCAUUCCUGUACUACCUCAGCAAUUUGUGACCCCUACCAAUGUCAGAGACUGCAUCCGUCUACGAGGGCUUCCUUAUGCCGCCACUAUUGAGGACAUAUUGGAAUUUCUGGGAGAAUUUUCCACAGCUAUUCAAACCCAUGGAGUUCAUAUGGUAUUAAAUCACCAGGGUCGCCCAUCAGGAGAUGCUUUUAUCCAGAUGAAAUCUGCAGACAGAGCAUUUAUGGCUGCACAAAAGUGUCAUAAAAAGACUAUGAAGGACAGAUAUGUGGAAGUCUUUCAGUGUUCAGCUGAGGAGAUGAACUUUGUGUUAAUGGGGGGCACUUUAAAUCGAAAUGGCUUAUCCCCACCGCCAUGUAAGUUACCAUGUCUGUCUCCUCCCUCCUACACGUUUCCAGCCCCUGCUGCUGUGAUCCCAACUGAAGCUGCCCUUUAUCAGCCUUCUGUUCUUCUUAGUCCCCGGACAUUGCAGCCCUCCACAGCCUACUAUCCUGCUGGUGCACAGCUUUUCAUGAACUACACGGCGUACUAUCCCAGCCCCUCAGGUUCAUCUAAUAGUAUUGGCUACUUCCCUACAGCUGGUAACGCUAGCAGUAUCCCUCCACAGCAUGGCACCGUGGUCAGAAUGCAGGGCCUGGCCUACAAUACUGGAGUUAAGGAAAUUCUUAACUUCUUCCAAGGUUACCAGUAUGCAGCAGAGGAUGGACUUGUACACACAAAUGACCAGGCAAGGACACUGCCCAAAGAAUGGGUUUGUAUUUAAGGGCCCCAGCAGUUAGACCAUCCUCAGAAAAGAAGUGUUUGAGAGACUAAGGUGGACCUGAAACCCUCAGAAACCAGAGAACUACUGGAAACUUCAGAGAGAGUUUUACAUUCAGGCUGCAGUAUUCUCAGCAACACAAUUUGACAGGGACUAGGGUCCUACAUUUGGGGGAGUGAAAACUUGAGCCAAUAAAGCCAAAUCUUAUCGUUGCUAUUGCCUUUGCAAGCUGCAUAUAGUAGCACUCCUGGCUCUGUGCUGAUCACAGAUUGACAUUUAAAAUGUGAAUUUGAUAUCUGAGGUCUCUAUUCCCUUCUAGUCAGAGAUUUACAUCCUGUGGCAUCUCAAGUGUUGCCCACAUGGAAUUCUUAGGAUCUUUAACAGCAACAACAAAAAACAAUACAUAAUCUACUGUCUCCAAUGACAUCAGUAAUGAUUUGGAAGUUUUAUUUAAUUUUCUUCUACUUCUCUCUUAAGACUUUCCCAUCUACUUCCUUACCCCUUCAUUUCCACUUCUCCCACUAAAUAAAGAAGCAAAUUACGAACAGAAAUAAAGCAUAAUUUGAGUUUUCCUCAACCUCUUUGCCAUGCUAUCUUAUAGUCCAAGUUGCUGAAAGGAUUUCCCCCUUGCAGUUAGGGGUUAUAUGUAGGAGACCUUAAUAAAACAUAACAUAAGAAAAGUUAGCUUCUUUAAAAAUAAAUUUCCUUUUAAGAAUGAUACUGAACUAGUGGCCAAAGCAAUAUAAAGACCAAAAAGUGAACAGCUACAGUACUUGGUAUCCUGUUGGACUGAUAGCUAAAUAUAUCAUGGCUUUUAUAUCUGUAUAUUUUUCAUUAUUGACUGUUUUGGACUUUAAUCAAAAAUAUAUUGUAGUUGUUAAUAUUGAAAAUGGCGUUAUGUAGAAACAUCUGAAUGUUAUAUUCUAGGAAGCAAUAAAUUGUAACUGAAAUGAAUGCUUGUAUAUACUAAAAUAGCCAUAAAACAUUUGUCUUCUCUUAAACAGCUUAAUUAUUUGACAAUUAUAACUUCCUCAGACAUAGAACUAUAAUCACUGUGCUAGACGAAGAAGAAAGAUUCAAAACAACACUGAUACAAUAUAUGAACAGUGCCUGAAGGUGUCAGUGGUGUUUAGUACUCUGUGUUUAGCUGUGUUUAAUGCUACAAAAGUGCAAUAUUAGACACUGUAAUUCAGUUAGGUAGUACAGUUGCAUCACCUAACUCCAAAGAGGAAACCAGGUUUGAUUAAACUAAUUGCACAUAUUUCAUUAAGUAACUCCUGUCUUUUGCUUGAAUGCAAACCUAUGUGGCUGCUAGUGGCUGCUAUUUUUAUUUACUUAGCAUUAUUUUUCAUCAUCAUAUACCUUGAAUGGAGAGCCAAAUAAUUCCCCUCCUCAGCCAACCAGAGAAUGGCCAACCUUUUAACUUCAGUAGGAAGAGGAAGUUCAUAAUUUAGGUGAAAACUAGUGACUCCUGGCACUUAAGAUCAGAAAAUAGAAUUCUUAAUACUUGAGAUGCCUUAAGAUACUGUCUACCCACAGCUUUGAAAGCCUUACAAGGUAAACAGUUACACUAACAGUAAUAUGUGUAUUAACGUGUUGUUUUUUGUAGAAUUGUUAACAUUUGAUAAUAAAACUCUCCUUCCUGACUAAUCUCAA